CGAUCUGGCGCGGGAACCAGCACCCAGAAAUCGAUCGAAGGCUUGCGUCGACGUAUUAAUAUUCUCUCCUCGCCAAAUCAGAUGGUUCAAUAAGAGAUUCUCCGAUCAUCCCUUGCACAAGACAAAUAGUCCGAGUACUUUUUUUGCCAGUACUGACUACGGAGUAGUUGAUCGCAAUCACAAUCCAGGCCGUGCUACUUCGUACACCUUGAAUCCUACCCCGCUCUCUCUCUCUCUCUCACCAUGUCGCCACGUGCUAUUGUCUUCGACCUCCUCACCGCGUUGCUCGACAGCUGGACGCUGUGGAACAAGGCGGCAGGCAGCGAGGCCGCCGGCCGUCGCUGGCGCGCCCGAUACCUUGAGCUGACCUUUGGCUGUGGUGCGUACCGGCCCUACGAGGAUCUGGUGCGCGAGUCCGCCCGCGACGCAGGCCUGGACCACUCCGUCCCCGAAUCCCUCCUAGCCACCUGGGACGAGCUGCAGCCGUGGCCCGAAGCGCCAGAGGUUCUCCGCCAGCUCCGCCAGGCAGGGUACCUCCUCGGCGUGGUGACCAAUUGCUCUAUGGAACGUGGUCGCCGGGCCGCGGCGCGCUGCGAGGAGGCCGCAGCGGUGUCGUCGGCACCGUGCACUGGGCGUCAAGAUUCGCCCUUGUUUCUAUUCGACGUCGUCAUCACCGCAGAGGAGAGCGGCUUCUACAAGCCCCGCGCGGAAGCGUAUGCGGCUGUUCUUGCCGCCUUGGGCGUGCAGCCUGCCGACGCCCUCUUCGUCGCGGGGAGCAGUGGCGAUGUCCUCGGCGCUGCCAAGGUCGGCAUGCCUGUCGUCUGGCAUAACCGUAUCGGCCUCAAGCCCCUCCCGGGCUCUGCUCCCCUUAUCCAUGGCCAGUCCUUGCGUGAGGUUCUGUUUCCCCUCCUUUCCCUUCCUCACCAAGAUGCAGUACCUGCUGGCGUCGUCGACAUUCCGCAUCACCAAAUAUAAAUACCGACUAGUUACUCCUGCAUGACGAAACCGAAACGGAUCUCAUUAGUCGAAACAUCACCUUCCGGUCUUGACGUUUUUUUCUUUCCCUCAUUCGAUCAUACAUCGUCUAAGCGUAUAGAUUCGGCAUACAAAUCUGUAUUUAUAUAUAUAUAUACACUGCACAUAUUCAUCGCACAACGGCUUAUACUUAAUAGCAUAUAAACCAUUCGGGAUGCACAACAGAUAUACAAAUAUACCAAAUCGAUGUGAACCCAGCUUCUCUCUACUUCACUUUAGCCAGUUUCAUUCUAAUAAUCAAUUAAAAUAUCUAUCAUGGUUAAGAUGUAGCAGUCGAAGAAAA